GAUGAAUCUGCUGUGGGUUACACUGCUUCUUCUUCUUCUUCUUCAUCAAGGACACACACUUAUUCCAGUAACUACAGUUCGACUUGGUGAACCAGCAACCUUGCCGUGUGUCCUGCCUAAGACUGAGUACAACCGUAGAGUCGACUGGUACAAGCAGAGUGCUGGGGACACUCUGCAAAGAAUUUGGACACUAAAGGAUUCUGCAGCACCUGAGUUUGCACCUGAGUUUCCUGGCUCAAGAUGGAAGGUUAAUUAUGACAAAAAUUUUAGCAACCUGACCAUUUUGAGGACAAACCAAGAAGACGAGGGGAUCUAUCACUGUGGAUUCACAGAGUGGCUCCAACAUAUUAAAUGGACCGGGACGUAUUUGUUAGUAAAAGGAAACACCCAGAGGUCAUCAAACUAUACUGUUGUUCAAGAGAAAACAGGCCGUCCAGGAGAAUCAGUAACUCUUCAGUGUUCAGUAAUCAAUGACUCUGAUAAGUCGUGUCCAGGAGGUCUCAGAGUGUUCUGGAUCAGAGAAGGAUCACAAACAUCUCAUCCUGGCCUCAUCUACACUGAUGGAAGUACUAAUCAAUGUGAGAAAAGAUCUGAGACUCAGAAGAAAUGUGUUUAUCGCUUCUCUAAGAACAUCAGCUCCUCUGUUGCUGGGACUUAUUACUGUGCUGUGGCCACAUGUGGGGAGAUAUUACUGGGAAAUGGAACUAAACUUGAUAUUAAAGGAAGCAGCGUGUGGUCACAGACGGCCAGUUCACUUAUUUUUCUCCUAUGUCCUGUCUUGAUUCUGAUUGUUAUUGCUGUCCUCAUUUACACAAUCAAGAAAAACAACAGUGAUCACUGCAAAGCUGCUGCCGUGAAGGAAAACCUUAGUGAUCUGAAAAUACAGCAGAAUAAGGACACAUGGAUGUUUUCUGCUGUUGUCUUUACUAUGAUAAAAGCUGACAAAGAUAAAAUAAAGAAUCCAAAGGCAUUGAAGAGGCAGCAGAUCUACACGGCUGUCAAGGCUUUUGGACUUGAUUAAGUUUGUUUACCACCCUGACAUCCCUUGGUAUGAAAUUGUGGAUGUUUUCUUAGAGCCAAGGUGCUUUUAUGUUUU